AGGCCGGUAGUUUAUGGAAGUUGGUCCUUGGUGUGGACUCUCCCUAUUCCCUCGACGAAGAAACCCUCAACUCUUUUUUUCCCUCAGAAAUUUAUCCAACUUGGUUUUUCAUCAAUAACAGAUUCUCUCUCUCCAAGUCGGAUUUGCAUCUAAACACCAGAUUUGGUUUCAUACAUUGAAGUAGCUAUCAUGGAAGUCUCUAAGGAAGAUGAUUCACUUGUGCUUCUGGACCGAGCCUCUCGAGCAACAAGAGGAAAACGGAUGACCAAGUUGAUUGACGAUGAACUUGAAGAGGACGAGUUGUUUUGGAACCAGGAAGCUCUUAAAGAUGAAGAGGAUGAUGAUAAUUAUCAAGAGGAGGGAGAGGCUGUUGAUGAGUUUGAUAGUGACUUUGAUGAAGACGAGCCUGAGCCAGAUGAAGCAGAAAAGGAAGUAGAAGAAAGGCCGCAGAACAAGAAGCGGCUUAUAUUUCCUGGAAAGACUUUACCAAAGAAGAAAACAAAAAAGAAAGACCUUUCAAAAUUAGAUAAGCUUUCCAUGAAUGAAAAAUCAACUCAACAACCUGCUACUCCUGACCAUCAAGAUGCUCCUGAUGACGUGGAAGGGGAAAGAAUAGUGAGGAAAUCUACAAGAACCUCAGUCAUUGUUAGGCAAGCUGAGAGAGAUGCAAUACGUGCAGCUUUGCAGGCAACAAUGAAGCCAAUAAAAAGAAAAAAAGAAGGCGAGGAGAAGAGGAUGACGCAAGAAGAAAUGCUUCUUGAAGCAGCACAGACAGAAAUCGUGAAUUUAAGGAACUUAGAGCGUGUUUUAGCAAGGGAGGAAGAAGUUAAGAAAAGAGCAAUUGUGCACAAAGCUGUGUACAGUGGUCCACAGAUACGAUAUUUUUCUAAAAAUGGUUGCUCCUAUCUAGAAUUCAAAGGAUUGUCAUUUCAGUCACAGCUUUCAACAACAUCUGUUCCAUAUCCAGAGAAGGCUAUAUGUGCUGUAACAGGAUUGCCUGCCAAGUAUCGUGAUCCAAAGACAGGGCUACCUUAUGCAACAAAAGAAGCUUUCAAAAUUAUUCGUGAACGUUUUAUGGAUGAAAAUAACAAUAUCAAGAAAAUGGCCAUGGGUGAUCUAUUUGAUUCACUAGUUGGGACUGGAUUUCAUGGCAAGAGGAAGCGAUUGCCAACUUCAAAUAGACGCAAAAUGUCACAUUUCUCCCGUUUUGCUAAUUUUGGUAUGACUUCUAUUGUUGAUAUUGAAUCUUCAGAAUAGAGCCACGGAAUAUGGGGAAUCAAUAUUGUUGUAUUAGUUUUAGCAAUAGCAUGCCCAUUUUAGCAACAGGCUUGUAUAGUUGUCCGGCUUAGAGAAAGGAUGGCAUUAAUGAGAAAAUCCGAGCAAUUAU